AUGACCUCACCGACGACGGCCUUACCUUUUACAUUCCAACCAGGCUUGAAGCCCAGGUUCAAAGCGAGGAUAUGGGUGCUCAUUGAAGUGCUCCUCAUUCUCUCCUACACCGUCAAACCAUUCAAGCAUCGGCCGCUUGUCUUUUUUGUGCCUAUUGCUAUCCUAUGUCUCUAUUCUCUAUUCUGCACGCACAUGAUCCACCUCGAGCAUGUUGCCAACAGUGGCUGGGGGAUGGCAUGCCGCCUCACGGCUAUUUUGCUACUCUCUUCGACCAAUAUCCUCUUAUCCGACAUUCAACACGAUUUACAACCUACAAAACGCGCAAAAGUUAGGCAGCAGAAGAAAAAUGAUGACAUCAGGGAGGGAGCGCUGAGCAGAAGUAUCUCGGAAGAGCCUUUUUUGACGCGUUUGAAGUGGGCCUUCAUGGAUGUCUGGUUCAAUCCGCGCGCCAUCAACUACUCGGACGAGGCCACCAACAUUCUACCUCCCCGACCUUCAUUCCCAACACGACGCGCUUUUGUUCUGCGCCAACUCCGCGACCUAGUCAUCGGAAUAUUUAUAUACGAUGUCACGCAGAUAGUCGCUCGUGCGAACCCUUAUUUCGGCUUCCCAACUCCAAAGGUAGAAGGGAUCCAACAACUUUGGCGUCUAGGUGGAUUUUUGUACGGUGUGGGGAUAUAUUUGAUGGUGCAAUUCCAACACAAGAUAGCUUCCAUGAUAUUUGUUGGGUUUGGCAUUUCCGAUGCCGAAGAUUGGCGACCUUUAUUCCACUCAUUUAAAUACGCAUAUUCCCUGCGCGGGCUGUGGGGCAAAAUGUGGCAUCAGAUGUUUAGAAGAGCUGGACUCGCUCAUGCAAACUAUUUCUUGAAGAAAUUGGGUAUUCCUCGUAAAUCCACUGCUGCAAAUUUUUUUACUCUCUAUGUUGUCUUCGCCUUAACUGGCAUUUUGCACCAUGGGGGAGAUGCAAUGUUUUUGCAAAGCAUAUCAAAAGCAGGCUCAUUCCAAUUCUUCAUGCUGCAAGCUGUCGGUAUCACGAUCGAAGACUUCGUCCUCAAACUAGUCGGGUCAAUCACGACCACAAAGGAAGCUAAGGCCAACCUGGAAACAACAAAACAUAUCGCAGAUGCCGAUGUUCGAGCAAAUGAUGAGAAGUUACCCCCAUGGUCGGUCAGGCUGCUCGGAUUUACGUGGGUGUUGGUGUGGCUGUCGAUCACUCUGCCUUGGUGGACGGACCCAAUAUGCAACAAUGGGUACAUGAGGGAAAUUCCUGAGUUUAGCAUCAUCCUAGGUCUCUGGCGAGGAGAGUGGUUACCCGAAGAGUGGCAACCUAUUAAAGAAUGA